AUGGCAUGCCGUCUAUUUGCAGCGUUUGCCGUCUCUUUGGUCGUCACCGGUAGCGAUGCAACCCAGUUCUUGACUGACAAGACCCUGCCUGAGGGUACACUGUCGGACGAAUGUGCGAGCGCGCUGGUUUCCAACAUCUCCUGUCCAUACCAAGUGGCUACCUUUCUUCAGGACCGAUACUACCCCGUCGAAUCUCUUGCGGAGGCCUGCACCCCUUCAUGUGAGCAAGGACUCGCAGCGUACGAAGAGGGCAUCUUCUCUGCAUGCAGUGACGCUGAUGUAUAUCGGCAAUCUGAAACAAGAUAUGCUCCAGCGUAUGCAAUUCCCAUGGAGUACUUGUAUUAUUAUAACAAGACAUGCAUCCGAGAUGACGAGCGUUGGUGCCAUAAUGUGGCCCAUCAGAUGGCGACCGGAGAGAUUGCUGCAGACCGAUGCGACGACUGCGUGAUUAAACAGUGGCAGUUCGUUGCCGGCUCGCCGAUGUACGCUGGUAAUCAAUUGAGGUCAAGCUACACUGCCUUGACCGAAAGCUGCUCUAAAACUGGUUUUCCAUUGGCACCAUCGACCUCGCUCCCGGCUGCUUCUGGUACCGCAACUCCCACCCCAACCCCGUCAACCUGUAGCGGUAAGGCAUAUACCAUCCAGCCCGGAGACACAUGUCAGUCAAUUUCCAAGUCUCAGGGUAUUGGCACCGCGCAACUGCUUGUCGAUAAUGAUCUCGCGGCAUACUGCAACGGGUUCCCAACCCAGGGUGACUUAUGCAUCAACCACGCAUGCACCACUCAUACCGUGGCCGCCAAUGAGACAUGUGCAGAUAUCGGACGGAAGUACAUUGUCACUCAGGUGCAGCUGACCACUUGGAACCCUAUAUUGGGCCAGGAUUGCCGGCACAUCGAGCGGUCUGUAGGUGACAGCAUAUGUGUCUCGCCGCCAGGAGACGACGGUUCCUGGACCCCGAUUACGAUCCCAUCCGCCGCGUCCUCAACAGCAACUCCGAUCCCUACCCCGGCCCCUGUUCCUACCAACCUGGCAAAUGGCACAGUGCGGCGUUGCUCACAAUACUACCUCGUGGAGCCGGGCGACUACUGCAACAAAAUCAUCCUCAAAUAUAGCAUCUCGCUGGAGGACUUCCUGUUCCUCAAUCAAGGGGUCAACCAAAACUGCACCAACCUCUUCGCCGAUGAGUCUUACUGUGUCUCUCCUCUCGGCUCCAUUGAUGACUACCCCGGCGCCCCCGGCUAUAUUGAUCCCAGUGCAACCUACUCGGACAUUGCAUACUCCAGCUAUCCGACGGCGACAUUUACCCCUCCCCUCGACGUCAACCAGACGACGCUGUUACUCAUAUCUCCGGACGGUCGAAAGGACUGUUACCUCUAUGUGGCCGGAACUGAACUGCAGAUUGACGUCUCCGGUACAUUUUACACAUCUCCCUGCCAAGCCAUCGCGGAGGCGUGGGGUAAAGCAGUGGAGGAUUUGGAGUCAUGGAAUCCGUCCAUCAGCGCCAACGGCACGUGCAGCUUUAGCCCUAACUUCAGGUACUGCAUGGAUCCAAACCGGCCCACAGACAGUGGCCUUGUAACGACAAGGACUUCUGUGCCGUCCUCUGGCACAUCAGCGACGUCUGUCAGUGCUACAGCUUCCGUGAGCACAACCGCUACCGCGACCGCGACGACGACAACAACGAGCGAAGGCCCUCCCGGCCCAACCCAGUCAGGGAUACCCGACAACUGCAACAAAUGGCACCUGGUCACCAGUUCGGAGGAAAACUGCUCGAGUGUGGCCGCCGAAUACAACAUCAGCCUGGAGCAGUUCUAUUCCUGGAAUCCCGCUGUGUCGGAAGAUUGUGUGGAUGGCUUCUGGAAGGACGAGGCUUAUUGCGUGGGUAUAGCAGAGUAG